AUGUCGUCUGCUUCUUCUUCCUUCCCGUCGCCUUCCAAUCUUUUAUGUUACUGUGGUAAGAGAGCUCAACUACGCACAUCAAGGACUCCAUCAAAUCCUGGUAAGAAGUUUCAUGGUUGCAAGAAUUGGAAGGAUGGGGGUUGUACGUUCUUUAAAUGGGAGGAUGAUCCAGAGAGCUCGAACAAUCAGAUUCUUGCCAAUGAAAUAAUUGAGGGGCUGGUGGAGCAGGAACAGAUGGAGCAGGGGCAGGUGGAGCAGGAACAGGUGGAGCGGGAGCAGGAGCAGGGGCAUGGGCAUGUGGAGUAG